AUGCCUGAAACAAACCACGCGGGUGUCCCUGAUGUCCAUAUCAACACUAUGAUUUAUAAACCCUCGGGGACCGUCCUCGCCGAUCUCGUUCAUGAGAAAGCACAAUUCGACCCUGGUUGCGACUCUAAAGAUAAUUGUAAAUCUAAUACGGGUAUUCCAAACAUGCGCCAAAUCGACUCGGACCCUACCAUUCCCUGCCCACCUGGCUGGCACCAGUUUCAGAUUACCCUCCAUAACCUCAACAAUGCGACUGAAUCGUCCGCGAUUGAAGAAGCGACUGCAGUGAUGAAGAAGUUUGAUGGAAGAAUAAAGAUCUUGGGUACCAACAGAGAAGUGGUCAAGAAGGUUGAGAGCAAAUGGUUCAUCAUUGAAGGUGGAAGUACUACUUUGACCAAAGGCUUCCAACGGUCUGUUCGUAUUUACCCGAACCCUUCGGAAAUUGUCAAUGGAAAUGUCGAUUCAACUGUCAUGUCCGCCUUACAAAAAGCACUCGAUAUCCAUCCGGGGAAGCCAUCUCGCUGGAGCAGUUGUCGCGGAAACGAUCGUAUCACUGUCAUGCACUUUAAUCUUUAUCCGGCACGGUCCAGUUCUCCCCCUCGAAGUCACACUCCUCUCACUGUCAGAACUGCCACUGAAGCUGUUCUUUCCACUUACAAGAAACUCCAAUAUGAUCUCCGCAAACCUUGGGCUGUCACUGUAAACGGUGAUGUGGCCAGGGGUUUCGUCGCCAAUUAUAACCCGAAUCAAGUCGAUCACCUAGUAUCCCUGACCGAUCUUGGCUGGGAUUCCGGAGGUAGGCUAUACCACCUUCGCUUUUGUCGUGAUUCUCGAUUACUUCUCCCUACAUCUGGGACCACAAUCGCAACAUACAUUGCAGACGACGACCGUCACCCCAAUGCGUUCAGUAUCGAAACCAGACGUCUAUGUGAAGAAUACAAUCGGCUUAAUGACAAGAAGGACUUUGUAAAGAACUGUCGCCCCUCUGAUGAUGACUGUUGGUUUCUCUGUGAUCCGGCCACUCCAGAGCUUGCCCUCUGGCUACAAUCUCAACAACUAUCAUCCGGGUUCUUUUUCUCCUACGUAUACGGCCUCAACAGCAACCCGUCUAACUUCGACAGACGUAAGAUCCUCGCUACGCGACAAGAGAAGAUUGCCACGCUCAACGCUACAAGAACUCGGUCGUUCCCAAAUCACUGCUCGAGGGUAUCUCUACAUAGUCAUCCAAGAAUCAAUGCAUGA